AUGGGCAUGGUAGCAAUGUUUGCACCACAAGAACUUGACCAAGCCAAGUGCAUGAAGAUGUGCCUUGUUCACGACAUUGCGGAAUCUGUCGUGGGAGAUAUUACCCCUUUCAGCGGCGUCUCUAGGACUGAAAAGGGUAGAAGAGAGGCCGCAACCAUCGCGUACAUUGCCAACCGAUGGUCUGGACCAUACACUGCCGAGAUUGAAAAGCUCUGGCAUGAAUUCGAAGCUGGUGAAACCCCGGAGGCUCAGUUUGCCCAGGACAUUGACAAAAUCGAGCUCCUUCUACAAGCAGUUGAGUACGAAAGGGAGAGUAAGAAUGAAAAAGACCUGGGUGAGUUCAUGGGAGUUGCCCGAAAGUUACGAACUGAGGCUGGAAAGGCAUGGGCAAAUGAAAUACUGGGGGAUAGGGAGAGGUUUUGGGAGGGCCGACAACACUUGAGGGGAGAACAUGCCCAACAAGGAGGGCUCUCUGAAGAGAUGACAAAGGCUCAUGAUGCAUAUUAUGGAUAG